AUGGAUAUUUGCUGCGUGCACGCGACAGGCAACGAUUUUCUGUUGAGAAGUUCUUUUCCCGAGAAAUCGGUUUAUUGGGGCUCGAGGGCUCAUUCAAUGGCUGUGGAAAUUAGGGCUUCGAGGUGGGAAGCUUUGCCCAGCUAUUUUAGGCAUCGAUCGGUGUUGAUCAAAGCCAUGGCGGGGAAGAAUCCGAGAAAUUUCGGAAAUUCGAAUUCAAACUCCUCUUCUGGCUCUGGGAAAAAUGAUCAUUCUAAAGGUGGAGGAGAUGGCUUAAAAAGCAACGACAAAUCUGGUGAUAAGUUCCAACGUAAACCCUUGGACUGGAGAGAGUUCAGAGCGUCUCUCUACAUUCAGGAGCAGACCGAAAAUGCAGAUAACGCGCGCAAUCAAGAAAAAACCCCACCAGCCCGACUCAAACCCCUUCCCGAAAAGUGGGCCCACCCCAUCUCAUCCCUCGAGAACGGCUGCCUCCUCGUGGCUACCGAGAAGCUCGACGGGGACCGAACCUUCGAGCGGACAGUGAUCUUCCUCCUCCAGUCAAAAACCGAAAACCCCCAAGAGAUGCCUUACGGAGUCAUCGUCAACCGGCCCCUCAACAAGAAGAUGAAUCGGGCCACCUUUGCAGACUGCUCCCUCCACUUUGGUGGGCCACUCGAAGCAAGCAUGUUCCUUCUGAAGACCCACCAGCGAAUCAGGCCACACGGGUUCGAGGAGGUUAUUCCUGGGCUGUACUUCGGGUCGAGGAACAGCCUGGACAAGGCCUCGGCCCUGGUCAAGAAGGGAGUUCUUUCGGUCCGCGAUUUCAGUUUCUUUGUGGGGUAUGCCGGCUGGCAGAUGGACCAGCUCAUAGAGGAAAUCGAGUCCGGGUACUGGUACGUGGCUGCUUGCAGCGCGAAUUUGAUCUUGGGAAAUUCGUCGUCUGAUGAUUUGUGGGGGGAGAUUUUGCAACUGAUGGGGGGCCGUUAUUCAGAGGUGAGCCGAAAGCCGAAGCAGGAUAUGUAG